AUGAAUCCCGGAGGACUGGCAAUGCAAUUCCGUUGUUUCGCACGCGCGAGUCAGGCUGUGCACCCGAUCGCGGGCCUCCCGCGACUGGCACCAGUCAGACAUUCACUGAACACUACUUUCUCACGUGUCUCUUCCUUUUCAACCUCAGCCCCUGCCUACUGCGCCAAUUCCCAAUCUCCACCGAGCGCCUCUGAAACUAACAACAAAUCUUCCCUGGACUCUACAGACAAGUACGUCGCUGGUCUGCGCCACAACAAGAACUGGGCCGCCCAGACUGCGCGAGAGCAUCCCGAUCUCUUUCCCACUCUCGCCAACGGACAGCAGCCGCAGAUCCUGUGGCUCGGCUGCUCUGACUCCCGAUGCGCCGAAACAUCCAUGCUGGGUCUGCUGCCCGGUGACGUCUUCGUGCACCGAAACAUUGCCAACAUCUUGCACCCGGGUGACCUGAGCUCGGGUGCCGUUAUUGAAUUCGCCGUCAAGCACUUGAAGGUCAAGCACGUCGUUGUCUGCGGGCACACAUCCUGCGGCGGUGUCGCCGCCGCCAUGGGAAGCAAACAGCUGGGAAUUCUGGACCCCUGGCUGCUUCCUUUGCGCCAGGUGCGAGAGCGCAACUUGGCUACAUUGGAGAGUCUGCCUGUGGACCAAGCUGCCGAGAAACUGGUCGAGCUCAAUGUCCGGGAAAGUCUGAACAUCGUGACUCAGAAGAGCGUCGUGCUCGAGGCUAUCCAGGAGCGUGGACUUCAGGUCCACGGCCUGAUUUAUGAUGUCGCAUCUGGUGUGCUUCGCGAGUUGGAUACCACCGAUUCGGAUGAGGUGAUCAAGAAGCGAUUGGUAGCGUUCAAGCUCGAGGAAUAA